AGAGAAGUUGGCGGGAGACGGACGGAUCUAUUAUUCGACAAGGUACAAGAAAACUUUCUCUUCUUCCUCAGCUCAGCCCAGCUCAGCUCGAUGAAGUAAGACCCAAGUUGGAUUUCGAUCAAUUAUUGAUUUGAAAGUUUGCCGGCUUUCGAUCUUGAACCUAGGUUACUUUACUACUCUGGUCUUGCUCCCACAAUUAAUGGCUGACAACCAAGGGCUUACACCCAAAAAGGUUCAUGUCACAAGUAGUGGAAAUUUGUCCGAUGGGCUAAUUGAAUAUUUGGAAGUCAUUAUGCUUGACAAGUAUAAGAGCUCUGAGUUCGCCGCUAGCAUUAAAGGAACUAAAGAAUAUUUUUCACACUUGAAGUAUCUAAGUGUGACGGCUCAUGUAGAUUCGCAGCUGAAUUUGAAUAUGCCUCCCCUUAAUUUGACAAACCUCAAACAUUUAAGAUUGGGUGUUUCUGCUAGUUUUUGUCAAACCCUUGAUGGAUGGACUGCCUUAAUUGAGGCUUCCCCGGCAUUGCAAAAAUUGACAUUAGAGUUGUACACUCAUUUCGGGCCGGGACCAAGGUAUAGAUUUAGAAAGCGUCACAAUGCGCGCCCUCUCAAAUGCUUGAAAAUCUUGGAGUUGUUUGGCUUUAUGGGUGGACGUGUUGAUCUUGGACUUGCCCGUUAUGUGUUUGAGAAUGCUGCUGUGUUGGAACAGAGAGGAAUUACCUCCAGGCGCAGAGCUCAUUAUCAAGAAGUAACUAAUCAUAAGCAGCAGCAUGUAUGCUGUAACCUUAUGUUUAAAAUGGAAUAGAAGCUAUUUGUUUCCUCAGAUUUUCAUGGGAUGUUUUGUUUGUGUUAUUAAUUGUUUUCCCGGCUACAUGUGGUUACCUAAAUAAAUCUGCUCUUGGCUGAACUAGUUUAAUAUUCACUAAUGUUGUACUCUUAAGAUGUAAUGUAUUCUUGUGUUUGGUUUCCCCAUUUCAUCAUAAGACUGUUGAUGAUUUAUUCAAAUUUGGACUGGAAUGAAGCAGGCAAAUAUCU